UGCUGCGAUGCACCGCGCUGCUGACCAAUCAGGUCCAUCUAAGGAGACUGAGAGCUACGAGUCAAAAUGGGAAUAUGUAAGGAAAGGGAUCUGCUGUGUAUGCUGUGAGAGCAAUAUCGAUUCUUUAUUGUAUAGAUGUGGACAUAUGAACACUUGCGAGAAGUGUGCGAAGAAGCUAGUGGAAGCUGGAGGAAAAUGUCCCAUGUGUCAAGCUCCUGUGAUUGAGGUAGUUCGUGCCUACUCUAUUCUCUGAACUCCUUUUACUCUCAGUCCUGAUCUUCGGCUCCAAGCUCUGCUUAUUCGAUUCUGGGUUUCACUGCUCCAAGCCCUGCUUUGAUGUUUUAGCAUAGAAAUUACUCUGAUUCACUCGGUUUUUUAUUUUAUCCGUGGUGUAAGGAAGACGAAUACAUUUAACUAUUUUAUACACAUGAAAUAUCAAAAGAU